GUCUCCCUCAUCUUGGGUAGACCUUUCUUAGCCACCACCAAGGCUUUGAUUGAUGUGCAUGGGGGAAGGAUGGUGCUUAGGGCAGGAGAGGAGGAGGUUACAUUGUCUAUUGAUGAUAGCAUGCGGUUGUCUCGUUGCCAUGAUGGUUUUGAUUACUACGAAGAGGUUUUUGACUUUAUGCAGACACUCGCAUCCGCAGGUGCUCUUACUUCUGACCUUUUUGAGGAGUGUUGUUUGGUAGGAAUGGAUGCCCCGGACUCUCGGAGACUGAAAACCAAUCCCUGCAAGAUCAAGAAGUGGAGGCCCUACCCUCAAUGCCCGAGAUCCCUACCUCUUUGUAGGAAACCCCCGAGUUGGAAUUGAAACCACUCCCUCCUCACCUCGAAUACGCUUUUUGAGGGAUGAUGGGAAGCUCCCAGUCGUCAACAACGCCAAUCUUACACCAGAGCAUAAGGCAGAAUUAAUUGGGGUUUUAAGGCAUCACGAGAGGGCGAUCGCAUGGAAGAUCACAGAUAUCCGGGAAAUUGGGCCGAAAUUUUGUUCACACAAAAUUCACCUGGAAGAGGGAGCUAAACCGGUUCGGCAAUCGCAGAGGCGAGUGAAUCCUAAUAUGGAAGAAGUAGUUAAAGCAGAAGUGAUCAAGCUACUGGAUGCUGAGAUUAUCUACCCUAUCUUGGAUAGCCAGUGGGUGAGUCCAACCCAGUUGGUCUCUAAGAAGGGAGGAAUGACAGUGGUAGCCAAUGAAAAGGAAGAGUUUAUACCAACAAGAACGGUGACGGAGUGGAGGGUGUGCAUUGACUGUCGAAGAUUGUACGAAGCCACUCGUAAAGAUCACUUCCCUCUACCUUUCAUCGAUCAAAUCUUUGAGAGACUCGCUGGACAUGAUUACUAUUUCUUUCUAGAUGGGAUGUCAGGAUACUUCCAUAUUCCAAUUGCCCCAGAAGAUCAAACCAAGACAACAUUCACAUGCCCCUUUGGAACCUUUGCUUACCGGCGCAUCCCGUUUGGAUUGUGCAAUGCCCCAGCGACAUUCCAGAGAUGCAUGGUAGCCAUCUUUGAUAAGCUAGUUGGGGAGAUAAUGGAAGUGUUCAUGGACGACUUCUCAGUUUUCGGAGAUUCAUUCUCUCAUUGUCUGGCCAAUUGGAGAAGGUCCUUGAGGGGUGUGAAGAAACCAAUCUAGCUUUGAGUUGGGAGAAGUCACAUUUUAUGGUCCGGGAGGGCAUUGUGUUGGGUCACAAAAUCUCCAAGCGAGGGAUUGAGAUGGAUCGAGCCAAAGUUUAGACAAUAAGAAAGCUCCCUCCUCCAAUCACAGUCAAGGGCAUCAGGAGUUUACUUGGGCAUGCGAUGUUUCAUGGAGAACUUUUCGAAGAUUGCAUUGCCCUUGACCAAGCUUUUGGAGAAGGAUACCCCAUUCCUUUUCACAAAGGAAUAUUUUGAAGCUUUCAACAUUCUGAAAGAGAAGCUUACAAAUGCCCCCAUAAUGGUCUCACCGGAUUGGAACCUUCCCUUCGAGCUCAUGUGUGAUGCUAGUGACUAUGCAGUGGGAGCGGUUUUAGGUCAAAGACGGGGUAGAUAUUUUCAACCUAUUUGCUACGCCUCAAAGACUCUGAAUGAUGCUCUAGAGAACUAUACAACCACAGAGAAAGUGUUAUUGGCAGUAAUCUUCGCUUUUGAUAAAUUCAGGUCUUGAUGACUCGAUAAUUGUGCAUGUUUUUCGCUCUCCUUCUUGAUCGUUUAAGCUUUCAUUAUAGCUUCUACGGCCUAUUUUACGCUAGGUUGUGUUCAUUUGUCACAUUUCAGGUCAUAACACAUAAAGUGAAGCAUAGGCGCAAGUUUCAAGUCAAUCGGAUAUCAAUUGGCAACUCGGGGGAUGAAACUUGGGCAUGACCUGAAGAAGAAUGGAUUUCUACCUCACUUUGUAACCAUAGAAUCAUGUAAGCUGUCAUGAUAAGAAAGAGGACGAGACUACGAGCAUCGGGAUCAAACGACACAUGAUUUGAAGUCCGAACGAGGGAGAAACGAAGAAACAAAGAUAAGAGACCCAUAACUACAAAAUACCCGACCAAAAUACCCUACCGAGUAUUUUAACCAUCUGAUAGGGUAUUUUUGGCAGCAUCAGAAGGCCCCCCGGUCGUGAACCAAAAAUACCCGACCAGGUUUUUUCCUUUUUGCCCAGAAAAGUGACCCUGAGCAUUUUGUUGAUACCCGACCAGUUCCCUAAAUACCCGACUGGGUAUUUGGAUCGGGUUUCGCAAACGCAGGCUGUUAAAAGCCUGUUUUGUGCAUUUUUGGAGGGGGAAAGCUGGGUUUUGGAUCCCAAACACCCAAGGGACAAACCAGAGAGAGAGAGAGAGAGAGAGAGAGAGAGAGAGAGAGAGAGAGAGAGAGGGCGAUUUGAGGGCACUCUUGGAGUGGAAUUGGAGGAUUUCUUUGCCUUGGAAGCUCGAGGAACAAGCCAGGACCUGAAGACUGAUCAUCUGAAGAUUCUUACUGCAGUCUCUCUUUUCUCUAUGGAGAAACUUCCCUUCACUUAGGUUUUGAGGAACCCUAUCUAUGUUUGUUUGAUUGGAUGAUUGUAUGAUUACUUUUACUUGACAAUCUUGAGUUCAUAUUCAAUCUAUGCAUGUUAAUGAUUCAAUUAUGCUUUAGUUGAGAUUAUUGAUUAUGCUUUGAUCAUGUGAGAGCGAAUACCUGAUUAGGUUAAUAGAGCGCCAUAGAUUGAUAGUAUUGGAUCGAUUGUUUUAGUAGAAGGUCGAUUCACUACUUUGUAUCGAUUGAUAACCUCAUUCGAUAGAGGGAAUCUAGUUCGGAAUGCCUUGAUCGCUUGUUCUAGAGAAGGAUAUGUCCCUCUAGGCAAUUGACUCAAAAUGGCCUUGUUCUUGUAGUCGAGACUUAGGGUCUAGUUAAGGAUUCUCCGCAUUGUGAAUGAAAUUGAAACAGGUUA